CAUGGAAGGUGUACGGAAUAGAUAUUAUUCAUUGGGCUUUUCGGACAUAAGAGCGACCAUAGGCAAGACAAAGAAAAGAAUUGGAAAAUUAAUAGAGAUACACAAUGAUUAUAAUAAGACUGAAGAUGGUCCCACUAAGAUCGAAGAAUUGGAAGCAAAAUGGGAAAAACAUAUUGAGAAAUUGAAGAAAAAUCUGGCACAUAUGAAGAAACUCCGAGUUAACUUUGAUUUUCCUAUGGAAUUACUGGAUUCAAGGUUAUCAACAAUGAAUAGUUUGCAAUUGAAACAAGCAUCAGCGUCGAUAGGAAUAUCUGAAAGUCAUGAGAAUAAACUCAGCAUUAAUUCUUCGUCUGCUGAUCCUAUAAUAAAUGAUCAGGCAUCUGUGAUUCCAGACCAAACAUUUUUAAUGGAAAGUUGUUCAAAGGACAAAAUUCUGAAUGAGAAUGAUAAUUUAAAAGUAGCUCGGGUGAUUAAACUUCAGGAUCAAACUUCAAUCAUUAAUAAUGACCAGAUAAAUAAAAAUCAGGAUAAAAAGUUCGUUAUCAAAGAUCUAAGCAUUCAGAACG